AUGAAUUUUGACCAGAAAGCCGUGAAAUUCCUGGCAAAUUUUUACAUCAAUGGAGGCCAACACUGGACCCAUGGCCCCCUGAGGCAGAGGCCACUUGUGCCAGCCCAGCCCAAGGCUACUGUACUGUUGUGGGCUCCCCAGCCAGAGGUCGCCUGGGAGGCCAUGUGGCCCAUAGGGGUGCAGGAGCUCCAGGCCCACUGCAGGGUGCCGGUGGGGCCCGUCCACAUCCACGAGUGCCCUCCUAUCUGCACCCAGGACCUGAGGGAGCUGUGGCUGGAGCGACGUCCACCCAUCGUGACCGACCUGCAGGUCCCCGGUCCCACCAAGUACCGGGUGCCCAACGCUUCCGUCCGCGAGUGCUCCCCACACCCCUGCUUCAGCAUCGGCCGCCGGCACCCCGGCCGCGAGGGCGGUGGUCGCAGGGCGUGGCAGACCCUGUGGUUCCAAAGCGAAAGCCCCUUCACACAGAAGGCUGAUUUCAACCAGGAGCGAAAGUGGCCAUCGCCCGCGGAUUACCGGCCCCUCAGCCGGCCUGCCUGCCCGGCCUUCAGCUUUGGGGGUCCCCGCCCCGCCUCCAAGGCCCUUGAGGCCCCCUCCGGCCGGGGGUUGCUGCGGACUGAGGGUGCGGGGAUCCGUGCCCAGCCGCCGCUUGCCCCGGAGGCCAGGAAGCUCCCCAGCCCUAGCCCCAACACCUACAACAUCUUUCCUGGGUGCCGUCUGCGGAGUCCCCGCCCCCCCGCCUUCUCCUUGAGCCGCUCACCUGCGUUCACCGCCUGGGUCAUCUCCCCCCGCUCUCCCGGCCCGGCUGCCUACCACGUGGAGGAUUGCUAUGACUCGCGCUUCCCCUCAGCGCCUGGAGUGGUGAUCCAGGGUGUCCGAAGAUCCAAGCGCCACGACACAGGACCCUUCUGCACGUUGUAGCACCUGCUGGGCACAGCCCUGGGCUCCCUGGGGGCCUUCCCAGGCCUCCCUGUGGAACUCUGGGCCUCCACCUGGCCUUCUGACUCCUUGGGCACCUCUGAUCCACCCUUCUGGCUGGCUAACCCUUCUGUGAGCCAUGGACAUCGAGAGGGUCCCAGCUGGAAGCCCCCACCUGCCCACUCCCUUGCCAUACAGAGAUGCUGUUGGUUCUUCCCAACUCUGUUGUGUGCCUGACUGGUGAGCUGUCCCACAGAUGUAGGCUGCUGCCAACCUGCCAUGUUUGGCUUUCCUUGGCCAGGGGGUCUCCCUCUGCUUCCCCCUUGGUGCUCUCCUUUCUAGGGUGAGUAGGGUGGCAGCCUGGGACUUCCUGGCUGGGGACAGAAUGGGAGGGGGCCCUGUGGGCAAUACAGGACACCCCCACCUAGCUGUGCUACCCUGGGGACUGGUCCAGCUGCCAUCUUGAGGUGAGGUCAGCCUGCCCAGUCACUGGGAACAGCCCAGAGGACCAGCUUGUCAGGGCCUGGCCGCACUUCUUCAGCUCCUGCCCAAGGACCUAUGAACCUGCCCAGGGCCAUGCAGGUCAUGCCACAGCCAACAGACUUCCUGGGCCUUCACUUGUUAGGGCCCUGUCCCUACCCACAGCAACACCCUGCCUUUCUACCCAGGGGUUGUCACCAAGAUUGUCUCCCUCCAGGGGCCGCACAUGCAGUUUGGUGGUGGCUCGUAUCACUGCACCAGUUUCUCCAGAGGUCCUCCCUGGGCCACCCAUAUCCUGGGCCAGAGCUUGACCCCUUCAGAAAGGCAGUGAGUGCCACAACACCUGCUGUGGUGUGGACAUCAUCCCAUUCUGCAGGGAGGCCAAGGCCCAGGGAGUCUGAGUGUAAUGUACUGUGACCUCUUCUAGGGCUGAACCAUUGGGGGGGUCGAGCUUCAGCACCCCUGGGAACCAGAGCAGUGGCAUGGCAGAUGGCUGUCCUUAGGUCUUGGGCUGAUCAGCUCAGCCAGCAGGCAACAGAGACAAAGCUGUAGAAGCCUUGUCCUUGGGGGCUUGGCUCAGGGGGAAAGGGGGUGGGGAGCAGGAGCUCUGCUCACAGUGGCCCCGCUAGCAACUCCUAGGGCUCCAAGCCAGGAGUGGGACCAGCAGGAAGGAUGGAGCAAACCCCUCCAGCUGGGCUGACAAGGGAGGACUUCCUGGAGGAGUCAGUGGCAGAAGUGACUUUUAAAGAUGAUCAAGGGCAGCCCUGGUGGCCCAGCAGUUUAGCACUGCCUUUAGCCCCAUCCAGGGUGUGAUCCUGGAGACCCAGGAUCGAGUCCCAUGUCGGGCUCCCUGCAUGGAACUUGCUUCUCCCUCUGCCUGUGUCUUUGCCUCUCUCUCUCCUUCUCUCUCUGUGUGUCUCUCAUGAAUAAAUAAAUAAAAAUCUUUUAAAAAAUAAAAAAUGAAGAUGACGAAGAGUUUGCCAGCCAGUAGGAAGGGAAUUUCUGGCAGGAUAAACCUCAGAAGCCAAGGCACACAAUAAGGGUGUGAUGUUUGGUGUGGCCAAACUUGGGAGGAUACAGAGCUGUUUGGAUGGAAGGAGGUGAGCUGUUGAGGUGAGCGGCUGCAGAGGGCUGAAUGCUGGGUCCAGGGGCUUACACACUCAGCAAUGAGGAGCCCGUGGAUGGUGCAGACCAGGCAGUGCCCACUGACCGUGUAGGAGCUUCUUGCACGGCAAGGGAUAGGGGGCACCAUGAAACCUCAGAUUUGAG